UACGCUUAAGGGGCCGUGGCUGGUUUAGCCGGUUCUAUGGUUGGUACUUCGCUGUUGGGGAGGCUCUCAGGUCGCCCGGAACAAAAUUCCCAAUGGGUGACUGGGAAAAUUAGCGGGUAGAAAAUCUUGAGGGUCGGAAGCAUUUGUUUUCCCCUUGGCUCCGCCCUCUUCCUGUUCAGCGACCUGGGCGUCUGGCCCACCGAGGGGGAAGGGCAGCUUGGCGGGGCCGUCGAAGAGUGCUUUGCGCACGCGCGAGUACCAGUGUGUGAGUGUUUGUGUUCACGCGCACGCGCGCGCGCGCUCCUGCAUUUAGGAAGCUUGGGAAGAACCGGUGUGUUAGGAGAUGAGCGGGGAAAGCAUAGUCCCCUGUCUUUGGUACAAGAUACUCCUGACUGUGCGCUGACCCUCCCCACCCAGCCAGCAGCCUUUGCCAGAGAGGCUGUAGUCCAUAGCUUCUGUUCGUUUUCUCUGCAGGACCAGGCACGAAAAAGCCUUGAGACUGUUUGGAGGGGGAAGCUCAAAACUCCUGACUUGGGUUAAAACAAAAUGAAGAUUUUUUCUGAAUCUCAUAAAACAGUAUUUGUUGUGGAUCACUGCCCUUACAUGGCAGAAUCAUGCAGACAGCAUGUCGAAUUUGAUAUGCUGGUGAAGAAUAGGACCCAAGGAAUCAUCCCUUUGGCCCCCAUAUCUAAGUCAUUGUGGACUUGCUCAGUAGAAUCUUCCAUGGAAUAUUGUAGAAUAAUGUAUGAUAUAUUUCCUUUCAAAAAGCUGGUGAAUUUCAUUGUGAGUGACUCUGGAGCACAUGUUUUAAAUUCUUGGACUCAAGAAGACCAAAAUUUGCAGGAGCUAAUGGCAGCAUUAGCUGCUGUAGGGCCUCCUAAUCCCCGGGCAGAUCCAGAAUGCUGCAGUAUUCUACAUGGUCUUGUUGCAGCAGUGGAAACCCUCUGUAAAAUUACAGAAUACCAACAUGAGGCCCGUACUCUACUAAUGGAGAAUGCAGAACGUGUUGGAAAUAGAGGACGAAUAAUCUGCAUUACUAAUGCAAAAAGUGAUAGUCAUGUGCGAAUGCUUGAGGACUGUGUCCAGGAAACGAUUCAUGAGCAUAACAAGCUUGCUGCAAAUUCAGAUCAUCUCAUGCAGAUUCAGAAGUGUGAGCUGGUCUUGAUCCAUACCUACCCAGUUGGUGAAGACAGCCUUGUUUCUGAUCGUCCUAAAAAAGAGUUGUCCCCUGUUUUAACCAGUGAAGUUCAUAGUGUUCGUGCAGGACGGCAUCUUGCUACCAAAUUAAAUAUUUUAGUACAGCAACAUUUUGACUUGGCUUCAACUACUAUUACGAAUAUUCCAAUGAAGGAAGAGCAACAUGCUAACACAUCUGCCAAUUAUGAUGUGGAGCUACUUCAUCACAAAGAUGCACAUGUAGAUUUCCUGAAAAGUGGUGAUACCCACUUAGGUGGCAGCAGUAGAGAAGGCUCAUUUAAAGAAACAAUAACAUUAAAGUGGUGCACACCAAGGACAAAUAACAUUGUGUUUUCUUCUAUUUCAGAAUUACACUAUUGCACUGGCGCUUAUCGAAUUUCACCCGUAGAUGUAAAUAGUAGACCUUCUUCCUGCCUUACUAAUUUUCUUCUAAAUGGUCGUUCUGUUUUAUUGGAACAGCCACGAAAGUCGGGUUCCAAAGUCAUCAGUCACAUGCUUAGUAGCCAUGGAGGAGAGAUUUUUUUACAUGUCCUUAGCAGUUCUCGAUCCAUCCUGGAAGACCCACCUUCAAUCAGUGAAGGAUGUGGAGGAAGAGUUACAGACUACCGGAUCACAGAUUUUGGUGAAUUUAUGAGGGAAAACAGAUUAACUCCUUUUCUAGACCCCAGAUAUAAAAUCGAUGGAAGUCUUGAGAUCCCUUUGGAACGAGCAAAAGAUCAGUUAGAAAAACACACCCGAUACUGGCCUAUGAUUAUUUCACAAACCACCAUUUUUAACAUGCAAGCGGUAGUUCCAUUAGCCAGUGUUAUUGUGAAAGAAUCUUUGACAGAGGAAGAUGUGUUAAACUGUCAAAAAACUAUAUACAACUUAGUUGAUAUGGAGAGAAAAAAUGAUCCUCUACCUAUUUCCACAGUUGGUACAAGAGGAAAAGGCCCUAAAAGAGAUGAACAAUACCGUAUCAUGUGGAAUGAAUUAGAAACCCUUGUCAGAGCCCAUAUCAAUAACUCGGAGAAGCAUCAAAGAGUCUUGGAAUGUCUGAUGGCCUGUAGGAGCAAACCCCCGGAAGAAGAAGAACGAAAGAAACGAGGAAGAAAGCGGGAGGACAAAGAGGACAAGUCAGAGAAAGCAGUGAAAGAUUAUGAGCAGGAGAAGUCUUGGCAAGAUUCAGAGAGAUUAAAAGGAAUCUUAGAGCGUGGAAAAGAAGAGUUGGCUGAAGCAGAGAUUAUAAAAGAUUCGCCUGAUUCCCCAGAACCCCCAAACAAAAAGCCCCUUGUUGAGAUGGAUGAAACUCCUCCAGUAGAAAAAUCAAAAGGGCCAGUGUCCUUAUUAUCCUUAUGGAGUAAUAGACUCAAUACUGCCAAUUCCAGAAAACAUCAGGAGUUUGCUGGACGUUUGAACUCUGUUAAUAACAGAGCUGAGUUAUAUCAACAUCUUAAAGAGGAAAAUGGAAUGGAGACAACAGAAAAUGGAAAAGCUAGCCGGCAGUGAAUGGUGACUUGAGGAACUUAAUUUACUAUAUUGUAUAAAUAUUUUGGGCGGAAUUUGAUAUAAGAACUUUUACAGCAAGAUUGUAUAGUUAUGUUGCCUGGACUGGUUUUUACAUUUUUAAAAUAUUUCAACUAACUGUAUCUUUUUUGUAUUAAUUGUAAAAUUGGCACAUAUGUCAAAAAAAAAAAAAAAGAAAGAAAAUUGAGAUUUGCCCUCCCAACUCACACAAAUUUAUUUUAUGGUAAAGGGUUUUCCCUCUGGAAAUGUAUUUUAAAAAAUUCUUAGCCUUCUCUUUGCUAAAUAAAACUCUUAAAAUAUCUGAAAUGCAAAA